CGGCAGUAUAAUUGUAUCAUCAAAAGGGAUACAGAAUCCGUUUACUUUGAAAGUGGGUCAAGUAUUUACAGGAUUUGGCGUCGGCUGCGGUCUUGGUAUCGGUGUUGGCAGGCCUAUAAAUUUAGGUUAAAUUUGAUACAAUAUGGGGCAAAGCAAAGGGAUGUGAAAUUGAUCAGUUAAAAGCUGAAACUUAUUUGUAGGAUUGCACUUCAUUUAUAGUCAACUGUGUUAAGAGAUAAUGUGCAGAUAACAAUAAUGCUUAAACCUUAAAAUGCUGCUGGUAGUUGAUGAGUCUACUAAAUUUCCAAGGCUAUCAUCUUCUUCUUCAGCAGCUGUGAAUGCGUAUGCACUAAUGUCGUCUUGUCUGAACAGGGUGCAAUACCGGUAUUAAAUCAAGUUAUGGUUGCGGCUAGAGGAGCAUCAGAUGUUGUCUCGGGAGUUGGAAGACAUGUUAACCGCUCUUUAAAAGUGGUUGGAGCCAAAAACAUUGAAGCAGGCAUCGGAUGUGGAAUUGGUUUCGGCCAUGGUUUUGGAGCUGGUAUUGCUAUAAAGCCUGGGGUCUUGCAUCAAAUACAAGCUAGUCUUUUACAAACCGCCACAAAGUUGAUGAUGAAAUUUGGAGUGACACCCAGUUUGCCAAGUGUUACCGCAGGCAUGAUUCCUCCGUUAUCACAAAGUGGUAUUAGUACCAUAAAUCCGAUGGAGAAUAUGAUGAAAUUGGCAACGGGAUCUACAUCUAAAGAUGGAGACUUAAGCACAAGCGAGAAAUUUCCAUCAUCGAGUUCAUCUUAUGCAAGUCGUACAGAGAAGGUUAUUAACAAUUUCUUGCAGAGUCCCCUUUUAGAAGGUGAAACAAAAAAUCAGGUUGGACACUUGCAGUCUGAGAAGGAUGUGAUUCAAUUGGUCUUGAAACAACAACUUGCUCUUGAGAAGCUAAAAGAAGAAAAUGAGAAGCUUCAGCGAAUAUUAGUGGAAGACUUGAAAGUUUCACCUGACAAAUUCAAAGUCAACGGAUAUACAGGCUCAGGAUCCGGGAAUACAUACUGUAGUGAUUGUUUCGAGUGUCGAAGGAGACAAAGAAGAGAUAGGAGAAGGUAACAACUAGUAAAACGCGUAUACUCAUCCAUGUUUAAGUUUAACCAACCUCAACGACUUUUGUUUUUGCGAACUGGGUCAGAAUGAUGGUCACAUCUUGUAUAAAAAUCGCAUUAGAUAGAUGGCAUAUUUUGGUUUGAAACAAAGGAUGCAAGCUGUAUCUGGUCCCCUAGGGUGUGAGUGUAAUGCAUUUGAUGUUGUUGGUUUUGUAUUUUUAGAUUUUUUGAUUGGUUGACAGAAAUGAAACAAAUACAAAA